UUCUUCAAGAGGCAGUGAGCACCAGAGACCCGGAGCUGGUGCGUCUCGUGCUCCAGUACCGUGACUACCAGAGGACCGCCAAGAGGCUGGCGGGCAUCCCCGUCCUGCUAGAGCGACUGCGACAAGCCCAAGACUUCUACGUGGAAAUGAAGUGGGAGUUUACAAGCUGGGUCCCCCUGGUGUCUCGGAUCUGCCCCAGUGACACCUACAGAGUUUGGAAAAGUGGACAGUGUCUCCGUGUGGACACCACCCUGAUGGGAUUUGAACACAUGACCUGGCAGAGAGGCAGCAGAAGCUUCAUACUCAGGGGACAAGACUCCAGUGCCGAGGUGAUGGAGGUCGACCAUGACAGGCAGCUGGUGUUCCGUGAGACCCUGUGCGUCUCGUCGCUGACGGCGCUCUCACCUGGAAAGUGGCGGGCCGGCGCCAGCGCUGGCGCCGCCCCUGGGUUGGGUCUUCUGGGGGCGACGCAGCCCAGCAACGAGCAGGUCGCCGCCAGGCUGUCUGCCCCGGUGGUGACCACCCAGCUGGACACCCGGAACAUCGCCUUCGAGAGGAAUAAGACGGGCAUCCUGGGUUGGAGAAGUGAGAAGACGGAGAUUGUGAAUGGAUAUGAAGCCAAGGUGUAUGCUGCAUCAAAUGUUGAGCUGAUCACCAGGACCAGAACGGAUCAUCUGACAGAUCAGAACAAGAACAAGACUAAAGGUGGCAGGACUCCGCUGCAGAACUUCCUCGGGAUCGCCGAGCAGCACAUGGGCCCGAACAACGGGGCUCUGGUGACUCAGCUGUCGUCCCCGGCAGUGACGAACCCUGCGGCGCUGACGGCCGAGGAAUACUUCAACCCCGGCGCCGUGCAGUCGCUGAGGGACAUCGGCCACCCGUGCCAGCUCACCACCAAGACCCAGAGGUUUAAAGCCAAGCUGUGGUUGUGUGAGACACAUCCUCUGUCCCUGGCAGAACAAGUGGUGCCCAUCAUCGACCUCAUGGCCAUCUCCAACACUCUGUUUGCCAAGCUGCGCGACUUCAUCACGCUGCGGCUGCCGCCCGGCUUCCCCGUCAAGAUCGAGAUCCCCCUGUACCACAUCCUGAACGCCAGGAUCACCUUCAGCAACCUGAACGGCUGCGAGGAGGGGCCCGCGGUCCGGUCUGACWGUGAGAUCGGAGUAGAUGGAGACGGACAGAGGGACACCUCAAGGACAGACACCCCGUCUCCUGGCAGCGACUCGUCCAGCGUCUCCAGCUCGAGCUCCACCAUGUCGUGCCGAGCUGGAGAGAUCCCCCCGUGUGUGUUCGAGCCCCCGCCUGGAUACACCGUGCAAGGAGGCAAACAGAGAGACAGCAUGAGGGAGGAGGAGGAGGAUUUGCUACAGUUUGCUAUACAGCAGAGUCUGCUGGAGGCCGGAUCUGAAUAUGAUCAGGUGACC